UCUAAACUUGGUUAUUAUGUAUAUUCAAGAUGCAAAGGCUGAAAUGAGAAAGCUUUGGAAAGUUCUCAUAGAUCUUCCAUUGUAUCAUAUUAAAAGUCAAUCAAUGGUUGUUACAGAUUCUUUAAUAAGACUUCCAGAGUUUAAGAAGAGUAAAUCAAUUAGUGUUUAUUUAUCAAUGGUUCAUGGAGAAAUAUCUACAGAUGAAAUAAUAAAACAGUCUCGUCAGAUGGGUAUUCUACUUUUUAAUGAACUUUAUAUGUAAUAAUCAGAAAGGGAAAAAAAUAUAUGUUCCUUUUGUAGAUGGACAAGAAAUGUUUAUGUUUUGUUUGUAUUCAGCAGAGGAUCCAUCUACGUUUGUCAAAAAUAAAUGGGGUAUUCCUCAGCCAAGUAAAAGUUAUGUAAAGGGUAUAAUAAGAGAAGAAGCUAUGGACAAAGAUGGGCUGGAUUUAAUCAUUAUUCCUGGCAUUGCAUUCGAUAGAAAUUUGAAUAGAUUGGGCCAUGGAAAAGGAUAUUAUGAUAAAUACCUUACUAAAAUAAAACAUUGGUCUGAAAAAAGUAAUCUUAGUGCGCCGUUAAAAGUGGGUAUUGCUUUGAAGGAACAAUUAGUAGAUAUUGUACCAAUAAAUUCUUUAGAUGUAAAACUUGAUAUUUUAUUAGUUGAAAAUGAAAUUAUAAGAUAA